UUAAUUUCUUUCAGUUCCCGCCCCUUUCCGCUCAGACACGUGCGCGCCCAGCUCGUUGAUGUGCCGGCUCGGACGGGAUCUGGUUCCGUUUAGUGUGUUUAAUGACGCCUACUUCAUGACCCAUGCUUUACCUCAGUGGCAGAGUUUAACGGACGCAGUGCGGCGUUUACGUGCUCGAACCAGCGUGUGUUCGGUGUCCCGGCUCUGUCGGACCAGUGGGACUCCGGUCCGUGUGUUUGUAACGUCUGGACGUUUCGGGCCGUGCCUACUGUAACGGAUAAAUCCACCGGACGCCUGACGCGCUGUUCACUGCGCUCUGAGUUCGUGGAGAAAUGUGGAGCCAACUUUCGCUGCUGCUUUUCUGCUGCGCUCUGACUGGACCUGCUGUGUCUCAGGACACAAACGCGGACCCUCUGCGGGAGAAGACGGUUCCGGUUGAGGCGGCUGGACUCAGGGACGCUCGAACCGCCGAGCGUCUCCCGGCAACGAACGCUGCUCCAGAUGUUAUGGAGCCGGGAAAGGCUGAGCUGCCCACGACCGAGCCUCUGGAGGAUGAGACGGACAACCAGGAGAACGUCAUCAGCCAGCUGCUGGGUGAUUAUGACAAAGUAAGGACUGUGUCAUCGGGGUCGGACUGCGUGUGCCGCUGUAUUGUCCGACCAAUCAAACGUGCUGACUGCAGGCAGAUCCACAACAGCCCGACCUCGGGCGAUGCUUACACGGUGGAGACGGUUACCAAGGGAACAGACUGUAAGAAGUGCGCGUGCAUGGCUCCGUCUUCGGCCGUGAACCCCUGUGAAGCCGAGUACAGGUUCAAAAAGCUCCAGGAGGCCAGCAAGGAUGACAUUAAGUUGGCGACUAUCAUGGACUUGUUGGAGGGUUCUCUGUAUGGAAUUGACUUAUUAAAGCUGCAGUCUGUUACCACCAAACUGAUGAGCAGGAUUGACCAUAUGGAAAAAGUUUUCGCUCGUAAUCUUACGGAGAGAGAAAAAGCAAAAGAGCAUGUGAAGGAACGAGGCAAAGAAAAGGAGAAAGACAAAAGGACGCAGCAGAAGAAGAAGAAGGUCAACGACCUGGAGCGCGUGGGACAGAAAAGCGGAGCCCCGGCCUACGCCAGCAAGCAGAAGAAUUCUGAAGGUCUUUUGAGGAAGAGCCAGCAGCAGGACGGUCUGGAACAGCGACAGCAGCCGAACAGGAACAAGACGGCAGCGCAGGGCAGUGUGGUGGUCAAGGGUGUGACCUUCUACAAGGCGGAGACCGAUGAAGAGGACGAGAGAGGCUCGCCAAAGAACACCUCUCUCCCUGUGGAUGCUUCAGUGGACUCACCGCUCUCUGACUCACCUACCGCAGCUCGUCCCAUCCACACUCCACAUCCUGUGCCUACGCAGCGGCCAGCCGCUCCCACCGCUGCCAGGCAGCGAGUCCCGACCACAGCCAAGCCAGCCGCCACCAGCGUGGGACCCAGGGCCACGACAACCCCCCCGCCUGCACGAGCUGCGUCUGCCAGAUCCACCACUCCUGCUGAUCUGGGUACCUCCAAAGCUUCAGAGAUCAAGCCAGAGCCACCUACUGCUGCCUCCCCCACGGAUUCUUCACUAAAAGAGCCCAGAAGUCGCCUCAGCUGGACAGAGAGCCCUGCAGACCAGCCCAGGAUCACCAAGAAGCCUGCAGUGUGUAAGGACACGGUGGCCAGCCUCUCAGAACCGGUCCUGCAGAACUCUUACGGCCUGAGUGACGGCGCCUGGAUGAGAGACGCACAGGGUCAUGGAAAGGUCAUCUACCUCACCAACGGUCACUACGGCAGCAGCUUACUGGAGUUCAGAGACAUGGACACCUUCAAAUCAGGUCAGGCCAGUAACUCGUACAAGCUGCCCUACAGCUACACGGGAACGGGCCACGUGGUGUUUAACGGGGCGUUCUACUACAACCGGGCGUUCAGCAGGGACAUCAUCAGGUACGACCUGAGGCACAGAUACGUAGCAGCCUGGAACACGCUGCAUGAUGCUAUACUGGAGGAGCAGGCUCACAGGACCCAGACCGAGGUGGAGUUCGCCGUGGACGAGUCGGGCCUGUGGCUGCUCUACCCGGCCCUGGACACCGAGGGCUUCCACCAGGAGGUGAUCCUGCUCACUCACCUGCAGCCGCGGGACCUUCAGCCCACGCGCACCUUCCGCACGGGCCUCCGCCGCGGCCACUACGGGAACACCUUCCUGGUGUGCGGCGUGCUGUAUGCCGUGGACAGCAUGGAGCGCCGCAACGCCAACGUGACGUACGCGUUCGACACGCACACGCUCACGCACACCGUGCCCAGCCUGGCGUUCACCAACAUGCACGAGCACGCCUCCCAGCUGGCCUACUGCCCGCUGGACAGGAAGCUGUACGCUUGGGACAACGGGCAGCAGCUCAUGUACGAUGUCAUCUUCGCUUAUUAGAAUAACUAUGGACUGGAGAAAUUCCAGCUGUUCUACUUUCUUGGAAGGUUCUGAUUAAACAAUACCAGUAAUAGUUUAGAAGCUUCUGCUAUUGAUAUGACAUUCAUGGACGAAUUACCAUGAUGGCAUCUCUCCCUCUUAUCACGUCACUCACAGAAUGAGUGUUCAUCUGCUGCUGGUGGAUGAACGUUCUUCAGCUCAUGAAUCUCUACUGUAAGUGUUUGGUUCGAUACAGCAACGCUGGCUGAGAUGCUGCACUGCAGGAGUGGAGACAGUAAAAAAAGCCAUCAGUUGCAUUAUGGGAUAUGUAGGAUUGUAUGAGUUUGUAUGAGCAGCGGGGUCUUUGUCUUAUAUAACCAGCAGACUCCUAAAGUGCAUCUGCUGAGCGUGAUGCCUGUGUAGUCCUGCUGUCCAGGACUGGAGGAGGGAAUUAUAGUUAGUGACUUAUCUCCCACAGACGUUCAUUCAUUGAAGAGUAGCAGAUCUGUGUCAAGACAAGGUUGAUUUCGGCUGCUUCACCACAAUGUUUCCUUAUUGUAGUUGUUGUUUUGUUAAUUUAUAAUAAAAAUGAAUGGAAAUGUAAA